CCGAUUGACUUAUCUGUCAAGUCGGACUUCUGACUGGUGACGUACACGUACGACACACAUUGCACAGCAAAGGUUAUCAAAUGAGGGCGCCCCGUUUAUACGUCUGUGGUUAUGCGACAGCCCAAGCGUGACGACAGUGGACUGUGUACAGGCUGGUGAAGGGAUGGCUGACGACUGCAUAGGCGCUAUCGCAGACUUGUUGACGCUGCACAGACCUUAUCAGAUGACCCUAGUCACUCUGUACAACGGCAUUAUUAAAGGAAAUCAGCGCCCCUUCAAGCCAAAGCUGUGAUUUCAGUCAUGUAACCCGUGGUUAAACAUUGAUUAGACAAUGUUUACUCAGAACCCCCACGCGACUGCCGGAAUGCAGCGUGAAAACGAGGUGUUGGCAUUUUGAGAUCUCUUCUGCUUGCGGUUUCCAGGCCAACGGAUGGCGAUCUCUGUCAGAAUUCCACACUUGCUGAGAAACACUCCGACGAUAAGCACCCGACCAUGACAUCAGCGCAAAAGAGCACUUCAGCUAGUCUGAUUUGUGGUCUGGUGUCCACGUUUUUCCCCAUGUGCACAGGUGCAGCUGACGGCUUUAUAGCAUAAGAACAUAAUGGGCUGUUUUGGCACAGCGUACACAGUCUCUAUGCUGAACUCAGAUGGGUCUAUUUGAAGAACAGCUUUACUCGUAGAUUUCCGAGAACCAGAGCUUUAGCCCGAGCGUUUACAAUCCUAUCUUCUGUCACAACGGUUCAGGUGAACUUUAUGGCCAUAUAACCUGGUGUCGAAAGAAGCCACUUGGAUUGGUUUUUUGGGGAGACAUUUUGACCACUCUCCCAACUCAGGAACUUCUGUGCAUCCAAUUUUCCCAUCGUGGCUACCGCACUGUUGUGUCUCUAAACUUCACCGACAGAAACAGAUGAUGAGAAAGAUUUUGGAAAGACAUCAGGCUCUCAUGAUGCUGUUGGCAGACCUUUUGUCUGCUUUUUUAUUUCAAGUAAAAUAAAAGGUUAACCUGCGUGGCAAAGUCUGAGUACAGAACAUUAUCGUUUGUUUUUCUUGUUGCUAAGUGAUGAACUCAAGACAGCCAAACGCAAGAAAAAUACGUCUUCCAAAACUUCCCAAGAAUGUCAGCACGGUACCGUCUCAUCGAGAUCGAGCCGCUCUGCCCAGGGACGAGCUAUACCCUGCUCUAAGCAAGAGCAUCAUCAAGGUCAGCGGAAGCCUGUACAAAUGCAACCCUAGGAGCAGCAGAUCGAACGGGGAGUUUUCCCCGAGAACUGUCCACACGGAGCCCGUGGUACUGCCCUCGAUACGGCGGAAGGUGCAGGCCUACCUGACGGGGGAUUUGAAAGACAAGCCAAAACGCUUAGGGCAAUCCAAGAGCGACUGUAUUAGUGUCGCAACUGGGGUUGCGUUUGUUGAGCAAAAGCCUGUGCCGUUGGUCAAAUCCGAAGCUCCGUACCCUGGAACCAGCGACUUGCAGUCCUUCCCCAAGAGAGCUCUACCCCAGUGGACAAGUACACGGGUCAAGCCUAAAAGCAUAACCAACAAGACAGGAUAUAGGCUGUCCCCCCUUCCGAAGAACGACUACGGAGACUCGUUAGCGACCAAACCAGAGCUGGACAACGGUCUCGCAAACACACUGGACGCCUUCAACGAAGCUAAAAUCGAGGAAUUCCGGUGGUGGCACGAAAAGAUGCGCCGUAUCGGUGGCGAAGACAACCCCCGAGCCCCGCCAAAUACCGCUCUGGACCACGAACCAUCGAAGGCUCAGAACGAACAGCACAAGCCCGCCAAAACCUCGGCAAAUUUAAAUAUGAUCUCUUCAAAACACAGGGAUAAAAUCCACACAGCAAAGAAACAAAGGACAGUGAAAUCCACUAGUAUUGGAUUGGCAUCAGAUGUUAUUCACAGUAAUACAAGCGGGUUGAAGCACGCUCAUCAACGCGAUGGCUCUGUCGUUGAAAACGUGGAUUUAAAUCCGACUAGUUCCGCAAAUGAUCCGAGUUCAGGACGCCCCAAAUUCAAAGCCAACCUGAUUGACGUGCACGUACCAGCUGUGCUGCCACAUUCAAGUCAAUCGCCAAGGAAAGUAAAGCAAAGGGAGCGAAUCACCCAGUGGUUAGCUCAGUGCGAGCAAGCAGUGCAAUUGUCCGACAACAAACACUGGUUUCGUUUACCCGGGGUCGAUUCAGACCAGUCCCGCUGCAGCACGUGCGAGCGGGAGUUCACUCACUAUAGCGGAAUAGACACACUGGCAGGAGACAACACGUCGACACGACCGAGUUACGACUUCACAAAGGCUCGAUUGUUGUCUCGCGAUGAAAAGUUUCAUUCCUCAAAGCCUCUUCGCAGAUAGAGUGAAUUGUAUCAAACGAUUCACCGUUGGCUUUUAAAACUGAAAUCGCAUGUAUUUGAAAUGCUAAUCUUUGGAGAAAAGAGACCGAAAACCCAUUUUAAGAACAACCAUGGAUACAAACAUGUUUACUAAAAUACUACACACUUAGCAGUGUUGUUGGAAUUUCUGGAGUACAUGACAAUAUGAGGUGGCACCUUCAUUCUCAUUCUAUUUAGACGCCGUUUAUCUUGCCAACUUUUCCCCUGGUUUUCCUGAAUUGCCUGGGCCUACGUCUCCCCCCUUUAAGCUUGAUUCCUCGCUGCCGUGCUUAUUGGAGGAGUGGGAUCGAUUGUGGGCAUUGGAAGCCCCCCCCAAGGAAAAACACAACGCAUCCCAACAAUUUAAUUGGAAAAUAAUAUCGGGGGGGAAAAAGGAAAAGGGACGAAAUUCAAAAUCAUGUAUUCCUGUUAAUUUAUCAUCACUACAAACUUUUUCUAUGUGCAGUUAAUUGUUUGUAUUAUUUGGUGUACGCCUACUCAAGUAUUGGAAUUAUUCAUUUAUUUAUCAAGGGAUCCAUGCGAUGAAUUUUUCUUCCACUUACUUUUUUACAUCUCUAUACUCUUCUUCAGUGUAUGAAAACUGUUUGAAAAGUGCACCUUUUUAAACAUUAGAUAUUGUACAACUUUUUUUUCAGGAUAAGUUUUCAGGACAAGCGCUUUUGCUGUGAUGUCCAAUCAGGGAAGAUACGUACGCGCAGGCUUUCAAGCUCACAUUGCGGAUCCCGAAUUUGCUCUUUGGAAACAUCUCUGAGAAAUGUUUGUCAGCCAAAAAAUCCAAAUUUACAAUGCGAAAUAGGAAACUUCCCAGCAUAUUGUGCACAAAUCAAUGCAACAUUGAAGGUUAGUACCAUGGACUUCAUAUUUUAAAAAAAAUGGACCAACAAUGCCCUUAAUCCGCAUACAAAGGUCAUUGAAGUCACCAACGGCCAUCUUACCACGUCGAAUACCAAGCUUUUACAAAUUCAUGCUCCCCAUUGUCAAACAAAUUUGUUCGGUAUCAAAAGUUGCAAUAACAAGCAAGCUUUGUACCGACUUUUUCCACAUGUUCAACACAUGACAUGUUUAUUAAAAUGUGUUGAGGAAUAUGUUUAAACGCUAAACGCUUUUUCGUGCAUGGUACAUGUUUAGCUUUUUGAAAUCCACUUAGCACACAUUUCUGAACGCAUAACACUUAACGUGUCGCGGCUAAUCAUGUUAAAAAGUGGGUACAAAAAUGUGUUUAGAAAUGUGUUUAAACUCUAAGCGUUGUUUUACAGUUUAACCGUCACCAUUGUGUUCGGCACGGUCAAGUGGCCGCAGGUGGCUUUAAUUAGUGUAAAGGCAUUGCGAGUUCAUACUUUUUCUAUACAACGCCUGUGUUCAGUAACCGCGAUGGCGUCACAGUUUUACUCGUGAAUAUGUAAAUUGUUUUGCAUAUUCUCAUUGAAUAUGUAAAUUCUCAAUGAAUAUGUAAAUUCUCAUCAGCUAAAACGAAAAAGGCACAACAAUAGUGACAUGCAAGUUAAAAGAGCGAAAAAUUGAAUGCGAACGUGUAUUGAAACCACAGUUGUAAUUUUAAGGUUUUUUUUAAUAAAUUGUAUUAAUGGUCCCUUUCACAAUUUUUUGUAUGAGUAUUGGUUGAUUUAUUGAUAAAAAUUUGAAUAUUUAUGACGACUCAAGUAAACAGUUUAU